AUUGGUCGCCUGCAGGAGGCGUCUCUCCCAGCUGUGUUGCUGGUGGCUAUUUCCGGAGUAAGAUGGCUGCAGCGCGUGUGCUGAGGACCUGGAGCCGGAACGCUGUCAGAUUGACCUGUGUUCGCUAUUUUCGAACAUGUAAUAGCGUACAUGUUUUGAAGCCGAAAUGUGUGUGUUCUGUGGGUUAUCCAUUGCUCAAGUACUGCCAACCACAUCAUUCCCUGAGGACAGCAGCCGUGCUCCAGGGACAGGUUGUUCAGUUCAAACUCUCUGACAUUGGAGAAGGGAUUCGAGAAGUAACUAUUAAAGAAUGGUAUGUAAAAGAAGGAGAUACAGUGUCUCAAUUUGACAGCAUCUGUGAAGUUCAAAGUGACAAGGCCUCUGUCACCAUCACCAGCCGUUACGAUGGCGUCAUUAAGAGGCUCUAUUACAAUCUAGACGAUAUCGCUUAUGUGGGGAAACCACUGAUAGACAUUGAGACAGAAGCUCUAAAGGAUUCAGAAGAAGAUGUUGUUGAAACCCCGGCUGUGUCCCAUGAAGAGCACACUCACCAAGAGAUAAAAGGCCAGAAAACACUAGCAACGCCUGCAGUUCGUAGGCUGGCAAUGGAAAACAAUAUUAAGCUGAGUGAAGUUGUUGGCUCAGGAAAAGAUGGCAGAAUACUUAAAGAAGAUAUCCUCAACUUCUUGGAAAAGCAGACAGGAGCCAUACUGCCUCCCUCACCAAAAUCUGAAAUCACCCCAUCACCACCACAGCCCAAAGAAAGGACCUUUCCCACACCGAUAUCUAAGCCUCCAGUGUUCACAGGCAAAGACCGAACAGAGCCUGUAACAGGCUUCCAAAAGGCAAUGGUCAAGACCAUGUCUGCAGCCCUGAAGAUUCCCCACUUUGGGUAUUGUGAUGAGAUUGACCUUACUGAGCUAGUUAAGCUUCGAGAAGAACUGAAGCCUGUCGCUUUGGCUCGUGGGAUCAAACUCUCCUUCAUGCCCUUCUUCUUAAAGGCUGCUUCUCUGGGACUACUUCAGUUUCCCAUCCUCAACGCCUCCGUGGACGAAAGCUGCCAGAGCAUCACCUACAAGGCUUCUCACAACAUUGGGAUAGCAAUGGAUACUGAGCUGGGGUUAAUUGUCCCCAAUGUGAAGAACGUUCAGGUACGCUCUGUAUUUGAGAUCGCCAUGGAACUGAACCGACUCCAGAAACUGGGCUCUUCUGGUCAGCUCAGUACCACAGACCUUACAGGAGGGACAUUUACUCUUUCCAACAUUGGAUCAAUUGGUGGAACCUAUGCCAAGCCAGUGAUAUUGCCACCUGAAGUAGCCAUCGGUGCCCUGGGAGCGAUUAAGGCUCUUCCCCGAUUUAACCAGAAAGGAGAGGUUUAUAAAGCACAGAUAAUGAAUGUGAGCUGGUCAGCUGAUCACAGGGUCAUCGAUGGCGCCACCAUGUCACGCUUCUCUAAUUUGUGGAAAUCCUACUUAGAAAACCCAGCGUUUAUGCUGCUGGAUCUGAAAUAAUGGCGAACAGGACAUCUGUGAACUUUUCACAUUUCCAAAGAGUAUGUGAGGCCUAGCUGAGCCGGCACGUAUUCUGGUUACAGUUGCAUUAGAAAUGGUUUGUGCUGCCUGGGUAGGGCCCUAAAGCACAGUAUUUAUCACUGACGCGUUAGGCUUUCUGCUGGAGAGGAGUGGUGGGUAACGAUUCUCCUGGGUAUCACAUUGUAUAGGUCAGAGGGGGGCUUCCAUUAUGGUGCUGAGAUCUUUGUGUCAGUGAGUUGAAACAAGCAACAAAACAAAAUUAAUGUCACUAAAUGUCACUAAUGUCACUGAACAAUGAGUAGUGGUGCACAUGCGGUACUUGCCCUCUUCUCUUAACUGAUUUUUUUUAAAUGAAACUUUUAAAUUAUACUUAAUUAGGGAAAGGAAUUUAUAUACAAGUAUGUUUUCACUUCCCUACAAUCAAGGUAACUUGUACAAAAUAAGUGCAAUUCUGUUUAUCUCUUCAGCUUAUGAGAAUAUACUCUUGCCUUAUGUGUAAAGUAUCAUCUAUAAGUGUCUUAUAACUAUAAAUUAGCAUUCUUGAAAGGGGGACGUUAUAAGUUGGCCUUAUUAUAGUUUACAACCAAAAAGGCCAUUAAGAGUGGACGUGUAGAAUGGAUAGCUGUGUAGAGCUGGGGUAGAGCUUCAGCAUCUUGCUGGGAAAUACUUGACUUUGCAAACUCACUCUGUGAUGUAAACCACCAUAAGUAUAGCACCACUGGCUUUUUUUCCUUUACUACUUAGAGAUUUAUUGCCUUUUGAUUUCAUUGAUCUUCAGUUAAACAGGAAAAAAGGACUUGGAAUCUGUUCUGUUCUCCCAUCCCUCAGUAGGAGCAUGAAUAAGAAGAGCCAAAUGGGAAAUUAUGGGCAUAAAAUUAGUUUAUACAGAAAUGCUACUAAUGAUCAUCUUGAACAAGGUCUACUUUAAUCAGAUAACAUCAGUAUGAAUCUAAUUCAAGGCUGAAAAGGCCUUUAUUCCCAGCACUUGAGAAACAAAGACAAGUGGAUCUCUGUGAGUUCAAGGCCAGCCUGGUCUACAGAGUGAGUUCCCAGACAGCCAGAGCUACAAAGAGAGACCCUAUAUUUAAAAAAAAAAAAAAAAAAAACUAACUUAGGUUUGGGUUUUUUCUUCUAAUAUUAUCUAUUUAAAUAGAUCAUGACAAAAUUACUUAUUUAAAUGAAAGCUUUGUGGCAGGAAAAAAAGGGUCAUUUUAGUGCCUACUUGAAUUUUUUCCAAAAAUGGAACUAUGUUAUAAAUUUAGUAAAUGCUGUUUGGUUGGAAAUUCACAUCAUGAAAUCCAUUAUUUUUACAUAAAGAAAAUUAACAAAAGAAAACCAAUUCAGAACAGGCAUUGUAUCCCAUAGGCCUGUAAUCUGCACACUUGGGAGGCAAAGGCAGGAAGAUCCAUGGCAGAAGUCCAUGUUAGGUCACAUAGCAACUUCCUCCGAAGAAGGAAGAACUACAGGUAGCAUGAAGAGUAACACACUGUUAUCUAUAAUCUAAACAUUGUUAGCAUUCUGAUGUAUGUAUCUGGAUACAUAGAUAAGUAUUCUUUUAUAAAAAUGAAAUAAUGUAUCUACUAUUUUAUAAUUUGAUUUUUUUAAAAAUUUAUCCUUACAUUGUGGAUACCUUUAUAUGCCAAUAAACAGUUCCACAGUAUCUUUCUUUGUAUGCCUU